ACCAUUCUCAUAGUAAGACUCGUGUCUACCAUCUAAUUUGCGCAUUUCUCCCUUCCAUGGCGGAUUGUCCAUGGACGAGCCAAACCACUCUAAACCAUCACCAUCUUCAUCACCUUCAUCAGCCUAUCAAGCUCUGGUACGAGCGGGCCCACGUCUGAAACAGCUUCAACAAGUGCACGCUCACCUUAUCACCAAUGGAACUCAUCUCACUUUAUCUCUCCUCACUAAACUCGCCAUUUUAGCGUAUUCAUCCAAUUCCUCCAUAACUUACGCCAGAAAAUUUUCUCUCUCCAUCAAAAACCCAGAUUCUUAUCUCUUCAACUCCCUCAUUAGAAUCUCCUCCAAGCUUGGUCUGUUAUACGACGCCAUUUCAUUGUACCGACGUAUGCUUUUCUCUCUCAUACCACCUUCAAGUUACACUUUUACCUCUGUAAUUAAGUCUUGUGCUGAUGUUUCAGCCUUUAAAUUGGGGAAAAUUGUACAUUCACAUGUUGUGGUUAAUGGGUUUGGUUUAGAUUCUUUUGUUCAGGCUUCUUUGGUUGCUUUUUAUGCCAAAUGUGGUGAGAUUGUGUUUGCACGCAAAGUGUUCGAUAAAAUGACUGAGAGAAGUGUUGUUGCUUGGAAUGCUAUGAUUUCUGGGUACGAGCAAAAUGGGUUUUCUAAAGACGCUAUUGACUUGUUUGAUUUGUUGAUGGCGUCGUCCUGUGUUCGUCCUGAUUCGGCUACUUUUGUUGGGGUUUUAUCUGCUUGUGCUCAGUUGGGUGCACUUGAAUUAGGUUGUUGGACUCAUGAUUAUAUUACUGAUCAUGGGUUUAAGGUGAAUGUUGUUCUUGGGACAGCUUUGAUUAACAUGUAUGCUAGAUGUGGAGAUGUCAGAAAAGCGAGGGAAGUUUUUGAUGUAAUGAGGGAGAAGAAUGUUGUUGCUUGGACCGCGAUGAUAUCAGGAUAUGGAAUUCAUGGCUAUGGUAAAGAAGCUCUGGACGUAUAUAAUUUAAUGCGACGUUAUGGAGUGUCACCUAAUGAGGUUACUUUUGUGGCUGUGCUAUCAGCUUGCGCUCAUUCUGUGAUGGUGGAUGAAGGGCGGGCAUUAUUUUCGAGCAUGAGAAAGAAUCAUGGCGUGGUGCCUGGAAUGGAACAUCAUGUUUGUAUGGUUGAUUUGCUUGGAAGAGCCGGGUUGCUCAACGAGGCAUAUGAUUAUAUUAGGGGUCUGAAAAAGCCAAGCCCUGCGAUUUGGACUGCAAUGCUUGGAGCUUGCAAGAUGCACAAGAAUUUUGAUCUAGGAGUUGAAGCUGCGGAAAAGCUCUUAGCUAUGGAGCCCGAAAAUCCAGGGCAUUAUGUUAUGUUAUCGAAUGUAUAUGCAUUGGCUGGUAACAUGGAGAGAGUGGAAAAGGUUAGGAAUGUGAUGAUAAAGAAACGCUUAAAGAAGCAUGUUGGGUAUAGCACAAUAGAGGUUGAUCAAAGGACUUACUUGUUUAGCAUGGGAGAUAAAUCUCACCCUGAGACCAAUGAGAUAUAUAGUUACUUGGAUGAGCUGAUGAGAAAGAUAUGUGAAGUUGGUUAUGUCUCAGCACGAGAGUCGGUGCUUCACGAGUUGGAAGAAGAGGAGCAAGAGUUUGCUCUUAGAUAUCACAGUGAAAAGCUUGCGUUAGCGUUUGGGUUGAUGAAGGCUAAGAGUGAGUCUGCAAUUAGAAUUGUGAAGAAUUUGCGGAUGUGUGAGGAUUGUCAUUUGGCAAUCAAGUUUAUCUCUAGCAUUACUAAUAGAGAGAUUAUAGUUAGAGAUAAGCUUCGUUUUCACCAUUUUAAAGAUGGACUAUGCUCUUGUGCUGAUUGUUGGUAAUUCUAGGAAAGUUCUCGAAGUUUCCGACUCGGCUAUUUUGUAGAAAAAAGACAAGUUAUUUAGUUUAAAAUGAAGUACCCAAGUGAAGUGUCAUUUCGGACACGACACGACACCCGAUUUUUAAGGUAAAUGAAAUUGUCGGAGUGACAUAGCUUUGUGGUAUCAUCAAUUGGAAAUGUUGUUGAUCAAGCAAGCACUAAGUUUGUUGGAUGGUACCAUCAGGUUAUACAUUGAUUACUCUUAUUAGGAGCUGUUCAGUGGAGUCAAUCUAUACUAUUGAUUGAUGUUUUGACCCUCCAAUUGAACCAGCAAUUUCACCAGGUUCAGUUGUCAAACCCAAAAGGAAACCUUAGCCAUUUAGACAUAACUGAGAAUGUUAUUUUGAAGGAAACCAUCAUAAUAAUUAAUACCCGAAGCUCGGAGAUGGAAUC